UCUCUUCCUCAAUCUUUUUGUUUCUCGACCUGCAAUUGUUUCUUUUCGCUUUUUUGAACUCGAUGGAACUUAGACUAGAUCGAUUCAUUAUGGUGAGAGAAAAGAGGGAUAUAUGGCCUAUCCUGUUGAAAUUUGGGGUUGCUUUGCCUCUGUUUUUUGCUGGAUUCCUCUACUCUCGCAUCCGAACCAGAAGAGUCAUACCCAAGCUGCCUCCUAGGGAUUGCGGAAGCGAGGCUCAUUCUGAAGGUCAGAGGACUGGGCUUUCAGAUGGCAGCGGCGAGGCUCAUUCCGAAGGUCAGAGGACUGAGCUUUCAGAUCGUAGCGGUGGGGCUCAUUCCGAAGAAGACGCAUCUACGAUAACGAGGACUAGUUCAGAGGCAGGAUCCACCAGCAAUGACACAUCAGGAGCUCUGUUUGAUGUGUUCUUGAGCUUUCGAGGACCAGAUACUCGUUUGACCUUCACAGAUACCCUCUAUUAUGCCCUGCUAGAAAAGGGCAUCUGUGUUUUCAUAGACAAGAAAGGGAUUGAUGCUGGUGACGAGAUCGGCCCUGAAAUUUACCGGGCCAUUGAUGACUCAAAAGUCUGCAUUCCCAUCUUCUCCACAGGCUAUGCCUCUAGUAGGUGGUGCCUACGUGAGCUAGAACAUAUGAUGAAGCGUAGGAAAACCCACAAACUGGAGGUCGUGCCCAUUUUCUAUGACGUGGAACCUUCUGUUUUGAAGCUUGAAACCGGAGCAUAUAGGGAUGCUUUGAAUCAGCAUAAAAGAGAACGUGGGAAUGAGACUGUGCAGGGCUGGGAGGAGGCCCUCAAGGAAGUUACUAAAAUCAAAGGAUGGAAUGCCAAAAACACAGGCCAUGGAGAACUCACACGACAAAUAGCUCUAGAAGUUUUGGGUAAGCUUGACGUGUCUGCAGUACAUCUGCAUGAUCCUUUAGUUGGGAUCGACAAAUCAGUGGAUAAAGUUAUAGAUUUGUUGAGUGUUGAAUAUGAGGACAUAAGACUUGUUGGAAUAUGUGGAAUAGGUGGGAUAGGCAAGACAACUCUUGCCAAGAUCGUUUACAAGAAGUUGUCAGCUCGUUUUCAAAGUUGUAGCUUUAUCCACGAUAUUCGACAAGCAUCAGAAAGUUCGAGUUUUGGUCUUCUAGAUGUGCAAAGGCAACUAGUGCGUGAUAUCCUUGGGGACAAAAGAAUUGAGAUUCCCAGCAUUGACGAAGGGAAAAAUAUGAUCAAAAUACGAUUUAGAAACAAGAAAGUUCUUAUAAUCCUUGAUGAUGUAAAUGAGGGGAGCCAACUAAGGGCACUAGCAGCAGAGGGGAGAUGGUUUGGUUCAGGAAGUAGAAUUUUGGUUACAACGAGGGAUAAAAGUGUUUUGUCUGUGUUUGAGAAUAGUUUGAGUUAUGAAGUGGAAGAGCUGAAUAGUCAAGAAUCUUUAGAACUGUUUAGCAAGUGUGCAUUUGGAAGCAACUUUCACUUUCCUCCAAGUGACUUUCUCAGUCUAUCUAAAGAAGCUAUUGCAAGAGCUGGGGGCUUCCUUUAACUAUUGAAGUGAUCGGUUCAUUGUUAC